UAAACCCACCGAAAUUCGCAUCGCAUUAUUUCGCCGCGUGCCGAACAGUACGGAGCUCGCUGUGUAUCCUUUCGUGACUCUUUGUGAUUUCUCCACGGUGUGUGAUAUAUUGUCGUGUGACGGGCGGGUGAUUCACUGCACGGUGUGAUUGAAGUUGAGAAGCAGCUUAGUGGUCUUAAGACGCAUUAAAGAUGAAAUAUCUAGGAGCAUUGCUUGGUGUUGUCGUUCUGGCCGUUGCUGCCAGUGCAGAGUUCGGCUACUACAUCCCGAAGGCUUUCUACAAAAUCGACGAGAAUGGUUACCGAUCACCGCUGACCUACAUCGAUAAUCUUCCGCCAAUAUUUCAUCGCACGAGAAGAGCUGCUCAACUGGGAGGAGUAAACUUCGGUUUUCCGAUUCAGUUCCCGCAAUUCCCGCAGAUUCCCACCGGCCAGGGAAACUUCCAGGGUGUUCAGACGAGCAUCACCAGUACCGGAGGAGGCAGUAAUCUGAACAACCGUUUCGACGAGGACGGUCCAGCGGUGCAGACCACGUUCACCUCCUUCAGCCACAACAACGGUCAGUACUCGCAGACCACGCACUUUGUGGACAAGGACGGUAAGGUGACAACCCACAAACAGAGCUCUGGCCCAAAACAGGACCAGCCGCAGCAACAACAACAAGCACAGCCACAGCCACAACCACAGAAACAGUCGUCUACAACUCAGCAGACCAAAAAUUAAGCUCACAGGUCCAGUUAAAUAGAAAAGAGCCGCAAUCCAUUAGCGCACAUUAGCGUGGGGGGUACAAAGACAACAUAAUAGCGAUUAAUUUUUCACUCCAUCUUCGGGCGGUUUUACCUCUUAGAAAACCCCAGGGGCCAGCCUUGCUAUCAAAAGACAGCGAAAUAUCAAGAUAAGCCGCCUCAGCGGCCGAGGAAGCGAUAAAGCACUUAAAAAGUAAUAUUGUUUCGGACAAAGAAAUUAGGCAGCGGCGGAAACGUCUCACGUACAGUAAAUGCUCUCAUAUUGAUGCUAGAAUCAAAUCUUCCACCGAACAAUGGAUCAGCUACGGAACUGUUACCCUAAGACCCAAUAAAUCGGAAUAUACAUUAUCCGUUUUUUAUGGUAUUUCUAUCACCGGUUCGGUUCGCGAAAUAAAAUGGGACAAACAGGAAGCGGCGUGGUGGGCAAUUAGAUUUACGAGCGCGCGCCAGAUCAAUUAGCGAAAAGAAUUGUGGGGAAUAUAUAAUAAAAAAAAAUAUCCGAGAGCCGGUGGGGAAGCUUUGAACAAUUUGAUACGAAGCGCUUUUUUUAAUCUUUCGGUGUCACAAAGUCAGUAGCCGCAGCAAGAGAAAAUUAGGUAUCCUAUAUAAGCGACCCGCGAAAAGGCGGUAAAUUUAGCGUAGAAUAAGCGAACAGUGAAAUAUUAGGGGGAAAAGCAAUCGCUAGCCGAUGAUGGGAAUUUUCUGGACUUUUUUCUUCAAAUGUGUGUGUGUACUGAUUCGUAAUUUAAAAUGCCAAUUUAAGUUAGGGUUUAGAGAUUAUUUGAUAAGAGACACGUGAAUAAAGCUAGUUAAGUGAAAUGUAAUAAUAAAAACGAAAACGAUUGGCUCGUG